UAUGUUCUAUUCGUCCAAACGAAUAACUUAUUUGUCUCAUUUUCUCCACAAAUCACAAAUCGAAUUAGAAAACUCCUCCGUCAUUCACAACGAAAAUGGAUUUUAACUUUUUUUACGAAAGAGUGCACAUCUAUUUUUUAAAGUAAAUCCGGUUUUUUUUUAAUUAUACCUGACUGUGGUUUUAAAAGUUUGACCUCAAACUAUUUUACGAAACAGUUUUAGGUCAAAAGGGCGGUUCCUUUAGUUUAGACGAACCAGAGCAAAGGACGACUGAUAAUUUCUCCUGAAGUUGCUUUAAUCCCAGGCAAGGCAAAUGACGAGGGUCUCCAAAAAAAGUGCAGGAUCCAAGGCUGAAUAAAAGCAGCUCUCUGGAAUUAUAAAAAGGGGAAGAUUAGAAGAAGAAAUAUUGUAAGUCGGGAAAAAUGGCUUACGAUGAUGUUAUUCUUCGGAUGGGCGAGUUUGGUCGUUAUCAGCGCAGGAUUUAUUUGUUAUUAUGCCUUCCUGCAAUUAUUUGUGCCUUUCACAAAAUGGCGGGAGUUUUUCUUGCUGGCCAAUCGGAUACAAGAUGUCUUCUGCCUGUAGAAAAACUAGAAAAUGCAACAUACGGAUUGCCGGCGGAUUUCGUGAACGUGAGCUAUCCCGUAGAUUCAAAAACUAGUAUGAGAAAAGAAAGACCAUCUCAAUGUCGAAAAUAUGAUAUAAAUAUUCCCUCGACAGUUACAACUUUGGAUCAAUAUUAUUUGUUUGCGACAACUGAAAACAAAAAAUGGAACACCACAUCCUGCGAAAAUUUCGUUUAUAACAGGACUGUAUACAGCAGUACAGUAGUGUCGGAAUGGAACUUGGUGUGCGAAAAGUCCUGGUGGUUAGCAACCGGUGACUCUUUGUUCAUGGUAGGAGUCAUGCUUGGAUCGAUGAUUUUCGGAUAUUUAUCCGAUAAGUAUGGACGACGGCCAAUUUUUUUCAUUUCUUUGGUCAUUCAACUGGUUGGUGGAAUUAUAGUUGGUGUAGCUCCCAACUUUGUCACCUACGUCAUCUUCAGAUCAAUUGUUGGCUCCACCACAAGUGGUGUUUUCCUCGUCGCUUAUGUCAUAGCACUCGAAAUGGUUGGCCCUAAAAAAAGAUUAAUCGCUGGUGUCGGUGUUCAGUUGUUCUUUACAAUUGGUUACAUCAUGACUGCUGGAUUUGCUUAUUUCAUCAGAGACUGGAGAAUGUUGCAGAUUGCUCUCACUCUUCCCAAUAUAUUGUUCUUAGUUUAUUGGUGGUUUAUUCCCGAGUCAGCUCGCUGGUUAUUGACCAAGGGUCGAACUCAGGACGCGAAAGAUUUGCUACAAAGAGCAUCCAGGGAAAAUGGUGUGGAAAUUGCAGAUGAAACAAUGGAGGUGCUCUUAAAUGAUAGUAAUGAAGACACCACUCCAGAUGAAAAUAAACCAUCGCUGUUUGAUUUGUUCCGGUAUCCCAAUUUAAGGAAGAAGAGUUUGUUAAUAUUUUUCAAUUGGUUUAUAAACAGCGGGACAUACUACGGGCUUUCUUGGGGCUCCUCAAAACUCAGUGAAAACGAAUUCGUCACUUUCGUUAUUUCUGGUGUUGUUGAAAUACCCGCCUACUUUUUCCUCAUUUUCACAUUGAAUAGAUGGGGCAGGAAGGUAAUUUUGUGUGGUUGUAUGAUUGCCUCCGGGCUAUUUUUAGUCGCGACUCUUCUCGUUCCUGCAGAUAUGGAUUGGUUGACCAUAACAUUUGUUAUGAUCGCUAAGUUUGCGAUUACGUCGUCGUACGGUGCUAUUUAUGUCUUCACGGCCGAACAGUUCCCAACAGUUGUACGGAAUGUCGGCCUCGGAGCAAGCUCUACGUUUGCGAGAAUAGGUGGUGUCAUUGCACCUUACAUUAAUCAUCUAGCUAAUGUUUGGUAUCCUUUACCAAACGUUAUUUACGGAGCGGCCGCACUUUUCGCAGGCCUCCUGUCACUAUUAUUGCCAGAAACUCUCAAUAAGAAAUUACCCGAGUCCAUCCAAGAUGGAGAACAGUUCGGAAAGAAAGUCAAAAAGAAGAAAAAGAAGGUUAUGGAUCAGCAGAUGAGUGAGCUCGAAUCUUUGAAGCCCUUGAAGCCCCAAGAAAACGGAAUUCACGAGAAGCAAAACGGAUGACGUCGUUGAUAGGAAAAAAAAAGUUUGGUUAUCCUCAAAGUAUUUUAUGCAUUCCUCUCCGUACCCUUAAAAAGAGUAUUGGCGAAAAGUGCUCAGCACACGAAUCAUCGAAAAGAAAGUGGUAGCGCAAAUCCAAUUUUGUCAAUAGUGUACCAAGAGUUCAAUUAUAAAAUAGUUGAAUUUAAUUGGCAAAAUAAGCGUCAAUUCGCAUCGAAUCUUCCGAGGUUCAAAAUGGUAUGAACAAAUGUUCAAAAAUAGGUACAAUUAAUCAGGUUCAUUACGUCGAUAUUGUUAUACUUUCUACGAGUUUUUUUUUUUAUAAAACAAUAACUGAUGCAAAAAA